ACCACCACCCCCCCCGUAUCUCCCCCAGCAUCUCCCCCCCGCCGCGUCUCCCCACGGCGCCAUGGUGCACGCGAAGCCCUACAAGGGGCAGGACUACGCGCGUCUGCGGCGCGCGUGCGCCUCCCGCGGGGACCUCUUCCGAGACGAGCUCUUCCCCGCCGGGGAGACGGCGCUGUCGCCCGCGGGGAGCGCCGGCGGGCGGGCGCCCUCGGGGCGCGUUCAGUGGAAGCGCCCAAAGGAGCUGUGCGAUGACCCGCGUCUCUUCGUCGAUGGCAUCAGCGCCCACGACCUGCACCAGGGCUCCCUGGGGAACUGCUGGUUCGUGGCGGCCUGCUCCUGCCUCACACACAGGAAGAACCUGUGGACUACGGUGAUCCCCGACCACGAGGACCAGGAGUGGGACCCGGCGCACCCCGAGAAGUACGCGGGCAUCUUCCACUUCCGCUUCUGGCGGUUUGGCGAGUGGGUGGACGUGGUGGUGGACGACUUGCUGCCCACGCUGGACGGGCAGCUGCUCUACUGCCACUCGAACUCGUCCAACGAGUUCUGGUCGGCGCUGCUCGAGAAGGCCUUCGCCAAGCUGUGUGGCUGCUACGAGGCUCUGGACGGGGGCAACACGGGCGACGCGCUCAUGGACUUCACGGGGGGCGUCUCGGAGUCGGUGGACCUGCUGGAAGGGGCCUUCUCGCAGCAAGACGACGAGAGGGACAAGUUCUUCAACAUGCUGCUCAAGGCAUACAGCCGCGGGGCGCUGCUCAGCGGAUCCAUACGGGCCGUGGGCUCGGCGGAGAUGGAGGCGCGCCUGGGCUGCGGCCUGGUGAAGGGCCACGCGUACUCGGUGACGGACGUGCGCCGCGUGCGGCUAGGCCAAGGCCUGGUCGCGUUCUUCCGCGCGGAGCGCCUCAACAUGAUCCGCAUGCGCAACCCCUGGGGACAGAAGGAGUGGAACGGGGCCUGGAGCGACGGCUCCGAGGAGUGGAAGAAGGUGAGCAAGGGAGAGCGUGAAGACAUGGGCGUCACCGUAGCAGACGAUGGGGAGUUCUGGAUGACGUUUGAAGACUGGUGCAAGUACUUUACAGACGUGGUGGUGUGCAGGAUCAUCAACACGUCGUAUUUCACCUUGCACAAGACCUGGGAGGAGGUGACGCUCAAGUCGGCCUGGGUGACCGAUGAGAACCCCCUCAAGAACCGUGCCGGGGGCUGCAUCAACAAUCGCAGCACGGCGCUGCAGAACCCACAGUUUGUGUUUGACGUGUGCAAGGCGGAGGACAUGGUGCUCGUGUGCCUGCAGCAGGAGGACCGGCGCGAGCAGCGCACGUCCGGGCGCAGCGGAGAGAACCUCGCCAUCGGCUUCGACAUCUACAGGGUGGAGCGCAAUCGUGAGUUCCGCAUGCACACGUUGCAGCAGGAGAAGGUGGCGAGCUCCGUGUACAUCAACUCGCGCAGCGUGGUGCUGCGCCAGGAGCUGGCGAUGGGCCGCUACGUCGCCGUGGCCACCACCUUCGAGCCGCGCCAGCAGGGCCGCCUGCUGCUGCGCGUCUUCACCGACGUCGCGUCGCGUUGCAGGGAGUUGGUGGUGGACGUGCCACCGCACACGUGCUGGAGCGGCAUCGUGGGCUACCCCAGCCUCGUCACCAGCCUGCACCUGAUCAGCGCCUCCGGGCUGCCCCCAGGCUCCAGCCCCUACGCCGUGAUCCGGAGCGAAGGCACCAAGGUGCGGAGCCGGCCCCACGCCGACACGCAGGAGCCCGCCCUGGACACCAAGGCGCUGUUCUACCGGCGCAAGCCCGACCAACCCAUCGUGAUCGAGCUGUGGAACAAGAGCUGCGUGUGCUCCGAGUUCAUCGGCAAGGUGUCCGUGCCGGCCACGCUGGGCGACCUCAAGAGCAGCCACAGCAUGAGGCUGCAGGGCAGCGACGGCGGCGGCAGCAGCGACCGCGGCAGCGUCCUCAUCAGCGUCAACUCCAGCGACGACCUCGUGGCCAUCUGAGCCGCGGGGGGUCACGAAGGGUCACGCGAACGUAGAGCCCCCCCCCCCACCACUAACUGCCCCCAUUCCUCCCCCUUUCCCACCAUCCCCAUUCCCUUCCCCACCGCCCCCCUUCCUCACCACCCCCCCUUCUCCACCAUGCCCCCCUUCCUCACCGGCACCCCCUUCCCCGCAAUGUCCGAUCACAAACGAGGGGGGCCGGACGCCCCCCUCGUUUUGUGCUCCGUGUGAACAAAGCCUCCAGCAUAUUUCUGUAAUGUUUUUUACAUCGUCUCUUCUUGUUUACCACAACAUCCCGCCGGCCGUACCCGACAGGCCCUCGCUGUGGGGGGCAGCGCGUCGCUUGGGUCAGCGUGCUCGGCGUCGCGCCGGUGGUGAGUGCCAGCGAGGCACCUUCCUGGCCGGCCCCGGUCGCCCGCAGCGGCCGUGUUGUUGGGCCGCGAGGUCGGCGUCCGUGCGGGGAAGGCCGACGCGCUGCCCUCUUUGGGCCGCAUCGUCAAAACCGCGGCUUUCCCCUGCGAGUUUUUUUUGUUUGUUACAUUACCGCUAGAUUUGUUGUUACGACCAACUCGUUUUUAUUCUAUCUGGUAAGGCUCCAGCGAGCUACGCUCAGCUCACUGUCUCGUAAUCGACGCGGCCGUCGCCAAUGAUGGCUGCUCGAACGUAGCGGCGCAUCUUUCGCCGCGCGGGAAAUUAACAGCAGCAGCCCAAAUACGCGACGUCAACUCUAAACGUGGAGGGAGAACCCGGAGGACCCGGAGGAAAAAUCCACGCGACCACGGGGAGGGAGACGCGCAAGCUCCCAAUAUACAGCAGCAGGCAUCGUCAGGGUCGGGAUCGAACCCACGACCUCCUGUAUACCAGGCGAGGUAGUUAACAUCUCCUAGCCUCUUCCCCCCUCUUGCUUGAGUGUGGUCGCGAUGGCGGUGAAGUUGGCAUGAGCAGCGCAGUGGGAAUGGGAACGUGGAGGUGGCCCUGUGGAGCCCGUUCCUCCUCCUGCUGCUGCAGCAGCAGCAGCAGCAGCAGCCCACGUUCACUGACUUUCUCUGACACUCUCACACUCAGGCUGACACACUCAACCUCUCACUCUCACUCACACUCUCACUCACACUCUCGCUCGCACUCCGAUCGUACUCUCACAAUCUCACUCACACUUACUCCGAUCACACUCUCACACUCUCACACUCGCUCACACUCUCACCCGUUCACACGCUUGCUCACACGAUCACACUCUCAUGCUUCCGCAUGCUCACACUCUCACACUCUCGCUCACACUCCUCUCACACUCCGACGCCACCGCGUCCCCUCUUUCGGAGGCGUCGUUGUGUAGGACUGAGAACCCCUCUCAGAGUUCCCGCUACGCGAGGAUGCUGUGGUGACAAGUGCCGGCGUGGCGUGCCCUGGUGGCCUAUCACUGUGGCGUUGUGGUGUGCCCUCCCGGUGUAGCGUGGCUUGCCAGUGUGGUGUGCCGUCCCGGUGUAGCGUGGCUUGCCAGUGUGGUGUGCCGGCCCGCUGUAGCGUGGCUUGCCAGUGUGGUGUGCCGUCCCGGUGUAGCGUGGCUUGCCAGUGUGGUGUGCCGUCCCGGUGUAGCGUGGCUUGCCAGUGUGGCGUGCCAUCCCGCUGUAGCGUGGCUUGCCAGUGUGGUGUGCCGGCUCGUGUCCACCACUGGGCACAGCAAGAGGGCACUCGCUCACUUUGCACUUCCGUUCAGCUUUGCCAAACACGGCUCCGCGAGGUGCGCUGUGGAAGCCGCACGCGUCCGCUGUGUGGCCCAGUAUGGGAAUCUAACCGUGGCCUUUACUCUCUGUGCCUCCGAGCUAAGUGGCGUGGCCGUUUUCCAAGGUAGGUGCAUGCAAGCCUACCCUGUAAUCAAAAUGAGAUCAAUGUCGUGUGUGUGCGCGUGUGCGCGUGUGUGCGUGUGUCCGUGUGCGUGUGUCCGUGUGUCCGUGUGUCUGUUUACGUUAAUGUAGGGAGCGGCAGUGUAGUGGUUAGCGCUGCGCUACGAACCUGGCGACCCGAGUUCGAUUCCCACUCACGGCCAACACCCAGUGACAAUUAUCUGAACCGGUCGUGGGCCUCCCCUAGGUCGACUCAGCCUCAAAUGAGUACCUGGUGUGGUGUGUAAACAUCGCCACUGGGGAGACAAAGGCGGCCGGGCAUGGUGUUGGCCACCCACCACCUCGUAUGCCGUGCCGGCCUUCAUAGGUGCUCGCUAACAGCACUUGCCUCAACAGUCUGUUGAGGCUAUACGGGGAAUCUUUGUCUUUGUUUACAUGUUUGGGGAGUGGUGGCGCAGCGGUUAGCGCGCUAUGCUGCGAAACCUGGUGACCCGAGUUCGAUCCCGCUUGCGGCCACCACCGGCGAUGAAUAUCUAAAUUAGUCCUGGGCCUCCCCCCUAGGUCGACUCGGCCUCAAAUGAGUACCCGGUGCGGUAUGUAAACAUCGCCACUGGAGAGACAAGGGCGGCCGGGCGUGGUGCUGGCGACCCACUCCCUCGUGUGCCGUUCCGGCCUUCAUAGGUGCUCGCUAACAGCAGUUGCCCCUACAGUCUGUUCAGGCUACACGGGGGAUCUUUGUUUUCGUCUGUUUUUUGUGCACUCAUUCAACUUUAAGUUCCCUCUGCGUCACCUUGGGACAUGUUUACCAAUCAUCAGGCACAUGCACCAUGUUGUGACGUGAGUGUGGAUCGGUGUCCUGAGGAACGGAGUGUGGAUCGGUGCGGUGAGGAACUGAGUGUGGAUCGGUGCGGUGAGGAAUGGAGUGUGGAUCGGUGCGGUGAGGAACGGAGUGUGGAUCGGUGCGGUGAGGAACGGAGUGUGGAUCGGUGCGGUGAGGAACGGAGUGUGGAUCGGUGCGGUGAGGAACUGAGUGUGGAUCGGUGCGGUGAGGAACGGAGUGUGGAUCGGUGCGGUGAGGAACGGAGUGUGGAUCGGUGCGGUGAGGAACGGAGUGUGGAUCGGUGCGGUGAGGAACGGAGUGUGGAUCGGUGCGGUGAGGAACGGAGUGUGGAUCGGUGCGGUGAGGAACGGAGUGUGGAUCGGUGCGGUGAGGAACUGAGUGUGGAUCGGUGCGGUGAGGAACGGAGUGUGGAUCGGUGCGGUGAGGAACGGAGUGUGGAUCGGUGCGGUGAGGAACGGAGUGUGGAUCGGUGCGGUGAGGAACGGAGUGUGGAUCGGUGCGGUGAGGAACGGAGUGUGGAUCGGUGCGGUGAGGAACGGAGUGUGGAUCGGUGCGGUGAGGAACGGAGUGUGGAUCGGUGCGGUGAGGAACGGAGUGUGGAUCGGUGCGCUGAGGAACUGAGUGAGUCUCUGUCGCUGGAUUACCACUGAGCAGUGGCAGGAGAAGCAAUGUUUUAUUCGAAACGAGGAAUUUCCCACUUCAUAUUAAAAGAAACGGAAUUAUUUUGCCUUGAUAACAAUUGCUUAUUUACCCAGUGAAGCCAGACUGAACAGUCCGAAGACUGUUCCAGGGAGGGCGCUGCCAUAUUAUUUGGUCGUUUGGCCAAUUCCAACAAGGGGAGUUUGGCUUCUUAAUAUGUCGUACGUAUGUUAAACUUCUUUCGCACCGUACGUAGCCCACCAUGAUUAACUGAGUUUUAGCAUUUAGCGUCAUUUAUACAAACUAUAUCGCGUAGCGUGCAGUUCCAGAUGCCUUUGGCCAAUCGUUGAAAAGUGUUUGUUCGUGUGCGAGAACGUAGACCUCUGUGGGUUUCUCUGAGUCUCUGUGCGAGUCUGUGAACCUCCCUGUGAGUCUAUGGAUAUGUGUGAGUCUGUGGGUCUAUGAGUCGCUGUGAGUCUAUGCAUCUCUCUGUGAGUCUAUGACUCCACGUGCGAGUCUGGGUCUCUGUGUGUCUAAGAGAUGGGGGAUAUUGUCAGGGCUAAUGUAUGGGUAUCUGUGUGAGUAUUGGUCUUUAUAUAUCUGUGAAUCUCUGUACAAAUUUCUCGAGGUCUCUCUGUGAAUCUAAGAGGAGAUGGUGGGAGACUGUUCGGGCAUAUCCGUGGUUCUCUGUGUAAAUCUGUGGAUCUCUCUGUGAGUCUAUGUAUCUCUGUCUGUGGUUCUCUAUGUGUCUACGGGUCUCUGAGUCCGUGGGGCACUCUGUGAGUCUGUGGAGGUGUCUCUGUGAGUCUGUCUCAGUGGAGAGAUGCUGGGAUGAGAUUCUGAGGGCCGGUCUGGGAGGUCGCCGCACGUGCCCUGUGCGGCUGCUGCGGAAGGUGGGGAUCGUUGAUGGCGAGCACGCGCCAUGGCAGCGGUGGCUUGGGCCACGGUGACCUCUGCUUGGUCUUGAUAUCCAUUGCGGGACACCGCCGGUCUGUGGACCACUCCACGUGGCCUUGUUGGACACCGCCGGUCUGUAGACCACGGAUUGGGUGCCACUGUGCCAUCAUCAAUUUGUCUUAAAGCGGCCUGCUGCUCAAGGCUCAUCUCUUGUUUACAGCCACCGAGCCAAGUGGAGGAAAUUCCACAUCCAUAUGGUUGGGGGGAAGAAUCUCGUCUCUCCUGGUGACAACCACUUAACUUUUGCCUACAAACCAGUAGUUAUUUAAUCGAUUCCGGGAGGGAUGAUGAUGAUGGGCUGAGCCAAACCCCACCCCCCACCACCUCCACCCCAACCAGGAUUCGACCUUCCGAUAGCGCGAGCCGCUGGUGGCCCCCAGGAAUCCAUCGGCCUGUCCGGCGGGCUGUGGGGGGGCGGCACGCGGUGUCGGAUCGUGAAUCCGGGAGGUCGCGGAAUUUCAUGACCCCUUCAUAAUAAAGGGGGUUGUCGUUGGGGUUGUCGUUGGGGUUGUCGUUGGGUUGUUGUUGGGGUUAGAUCGCAUAAACACGUGUCCGUUAAACUCGCCACCACCGCUCGGCAGCCAAUUUUGUCAAGGAUUUGUCACCUAAGAAUAGAAACGUGCCAAUUCAGAAUAUUUAUCCUGGAGGAAUCCGAUGAGCUAUAAAGCGCUUUUUCACAGAUGUCCACUACGGGCGGCGGGUAAGAAGGUUGCAACAACAAUACAAAGUACAAGAAAGGUCAACAAAUCACCCAAACACAAACAAAUACAAACUAAACUAUCCCCAUCCUACCAGGCAACGCCCACUGAGAUAUGUACUUAUUUUUCACAAGCGACCUGGUAAUCAAAAAUGACAGCUCAACAAAUUGGCACCAUCAUUUGGACAUUUGUAGCAGCAAAGUAAUCGAAAUAAUCGCAGUGCACGUUUCUACAUGUGGAGGGGAAACCGGAGGACCCGCAGGAAAAAUAUCCACGCGACCACGGGGAGAGAGAGACGCCAACUCCAAAUAUACAGCAGCAGCAGCAGCAGGCGUCAGGGUCGGGAUCGAACCCACGACCUCCUGCAUACCAGGCAAGGUAGUUAACAUCUCACCACCUUAAUGAUGAGAGACACGCAAACUCCAAAUAUCCAGCAGCAGCAGGCGUCAGGGUCGGGAUCGAACCCCCGACCUCCAGGCCAGGAAGAUAACCACCGUGACGUCCUUCAAAUAAUCCAAGUUCAAAUUGCAUCGUCAAUUCUGAAGCUUGGGAAAGGCAGU